AUGAACGCUAAAAUGUAUCACAUUCUAACGAUCCUCUACUUUUUAACAUUAUCAGCGGCUAUCUCGGGAAAGCCUACACAAAAUGCUAUAGAAGAUGUUUACCAACGCUACGCAUACAACCACGCAAUUGAUACGUCCUAUAAUGGAGACAAAGAACAGUUUGGAUACAGAGAAGACCAGCUGAAUGCAGCCUACCCUUCUCAGUUGGAGCCACAUGGAAAUUUACGAGUAGUGGAGUAUGCUACUGACGACUUCAGCAGCGGAUUCAAUGCAAUUGUCCAAAAAUUGGCAGCAAGUUUAUCGGAAGCUUCGCCUCUUUUUGGCCCUUUACCUCUACCCCUACCCCCUGUUAACCCUUCGAUAGACCCACUGAAUUACGGGUUUGGAACCGAAGCUUUGCCGGAAGGCCUUCCAAAGGUUACAGUGACUGGUCGCAGUAUUCCAUGGGAUCCUAAGACGCAUUCAUUCGGUGGCUGGGUUCCCCUCAACGGGCCUGGACGUCAAGCACCCAUGGCGAGAAUCGUGACCAGAAAGUAUGUGAACGGACAACUGUAUAAAGUGAGGUCAAAGCCAAUCUCCUUAGUGGGCAAAACAAUCAUCAUCAAGAGAAAACCUGAUUUAGAUUAA